GUCAGAGGCACGCCCCAUCGAAAAACAGUGAACCAGUUGGACUGCCAGGUCCCAGGUCUGAUCCCUGAGGUGACUCGACGCUUAGCCUGGCUACGGCACCUGGAACUGCUUGCGGCCAUGCUGGGUGCAGGGAUGUGGAUGGUUUGGAAGCUCAGGAAGCAAAAAGCA